UCACGUUUGCACUGCUGGCUCUGGAAGGCACGUUCUGCAGGGAUGUCAAAGAUUGAGAAGAUGAGCAUCCUCGGAGUGAGGAGUUUCGGGGUCGAGGAUAAAGACAAACAGAUCAUCACUUUUUUUAAUCCCUUAACUAUUUUGGUGGGGCCAAAUGGUGCUGGGAAAACGACUAUCAUUGAAUGUCUUAAAUAUAUAUCCACUGGUGAUUUUCCUCCUGGCACCAAAGGCAACUCGUUUGUUCACGACCCAAAGGUUGCCAAUGAAACAGAUGUCAGAGCUCAGAUCCGGUUGCAGUUCCGGGAUGUCAACGGGGAGCUCAUGGCUGUCCAGAGAUCCAUGGUCUGUACCCAGAAAGGCAAGAAAACAGAAUUUAAAACACUGGAAGGUGUCAUUACUAGAACAAAGCAUGGUGAGAAGGUCAGCCUCAGCUCCAAGUGUGCAGAGAUCGAUCGGGAGAUGAUCAGUGCCCUUGGGGUUUCCAAAUCAGUGAUUAACAAUGUCAUUUUCUGCCACCAAGAAGAAUCCAACUGGCCACUGAGUGAAGGGAAGGCCCUGAAACAAAAAUUUGAUGAGAUUUUUUCAGCGACAAGGUAUAUUAAAGCACUGGAAACUCUCCGUCAGGUACGGCAGAAGCAAGGCUUGAGGGUCAAGGAGUGUCAGACAGAACUGAAGUAUCUAAAGCAGAAUAAGGAAAAGGCACAGGAAAUCCAGGAUCAUCUUAGCAACAGAGAGGCUCAGCUGGCUGCUUCUAAGGAGAAUGUAAAAUCAAUUGAGAGUCAACUUGAUCCUCUACAGAGCACUCUGGAAGCAGUGGAACAGAAUCUCACAAAAGUAAUGAGGUUAGACAAUGAGGUGAAAGCCCUGGAGAGCAGGAAGAAGCAGAUGGAGAAAGAUAAUCAAGAUUUGCAACAGAAGAUGGAAAAGGUUUUUCAAGGAACAGAUGAACAGCUGAGAGAUAGAUAUGAGAACCACCAGAGGACAGUGAAGGAGAAGGAGAGGAGAUUAUCAGACUGCAGACGUGAGUUGGACAGAGCCACUAAGGAAUGCCAGAGAUUUAACAGUGAGAAAUCAGAACUACUUAUUGAACGAGGUCGCCUCCAGCUGCAGGCAGAUCGUCACCAGGAGCACAUCACCACCAGGGAUUCCUUAGUGCAGGCUUUGGCAGCACAGCUGGAAUUUGAUGGGUUUGAGCGAGCACCUUUUAAUGACAGGCACAUCACCAGCUUUCACAGGCUGCUGAAGGAGAGGCAGGACAGAGAUGCAGAAGCUGCAAACCGUUUAAUGAGAGAAUUUGAACGAAAAGAAGCAAUGAAACAAAAGCAGAUAGAUGAAAUAAGAGACAAGAAAACAGGAUUAGAACGAACCAUUGACCUGAAAGCAGACAUUCAAAACAAGAAACAAGAUGAGCUGAAGAAUGUAAAAUAUGAAUUGCAGCAGUUGGAGGGGUUUUCAGACAGAAUUCUGGAGCUGAAUCAGGAGAUUGUCACCACAGAACAUGAGCUGGAGAAGGCUGAGAAGAACAGCAGUGUGGAAGCACUGGAACUGGAAGUGCAAACUCUGCAGAAUGAGAAAAUAAACCUGGACAAAGCUCUGAGGAAGCUGGAUCAAGAGAUGGAACAGCUGAAUCUACAUACCCAGACAAUUACCCAAGUGGAGAUGCUGAAGAGAAACAAAGCAGAAAAAGAAGAGCAGAUCAGAAAAACAAAAUCAAGACAUUCUGAUGAACUGACAUCACUCUUGGGAUACUUCCCAAAUAAAAACCAACUAGAAGACUGGCUUCAUGGUAAAAACAGAAAGAUUAAUCAGACAAGGGAUAAUCUUGCUGGCCUGAACAAACGUCUGGCGUCCGUGGAGUGUCACAGAACUUAUGUCAGCACUGAGCUCAGGAGGAAAGAAGAGCAGUUGUCCCUUAAUGAAGAAAGACUUCUGGAUGUUUGUGGAAGCCAGGAUUUCGAGAGUGAUCUGAGCAAACUUCAGGAUGAAAUUGAGAAGAGCUCAAAGCAGCGAGCUGUGCUUGCUGGAGCCACUGCAGUUUAUUCCCAGUUCAUUACCCAGAUGACAGAGGAGAACCAGUCAUGCUGUCCCGUGUGUCAGAGGGUUUUUCAGACAGAGGCUGAGCUGCAAGAUGUAAUUAGUGACCUGCAGUCUAAGCUGCGUCUUGCUCCAGACAAACUGAAGUCAACAGAGUCUGAGCUUAAAAGAAAAGAGAAAAAACGGGAUGAAAUGAUGAGUCUCAAACCACUUAGGCAAACUGUAGUUGAACUCCAGGAGAGGGACAUCCCAGACUUGAGGAACAAGCUACAGAGUGCCAACAGGGAAUUAACAGCCCUGAAGAGUGAGAUAGAAGAACAGGAAUCCCUCUUGCAGACAGCUUUGUCUGAGGAGAAGGGUGCCAAGGCAUGUUUACAGGAUGUAACACUAAUGGAGAGAUACCAGGCUGAUAUUAGGGAUGAUGAACGAAAAAUUGCUCAGCAGGAGGCAAAGCUGCUGGGGGUUGAUUUGACUAGAACUGUUCUGCAAGUAAGCCAAGAAAAACAGGAGAAAAAACACUUGUGGGAUACAGUUACUGGUAAAAUCGAGUUAAACCAAAAACUCAAGCAAGACCAGCAGAGUCAGAUCCAGCAGCUAAAAAGUGCAGUUAAUGAGCUCAAAGCAGAGAAACUUCAGAUUUCCAGCAAAAUGCAGCGGCGCCAACAACUGGAGGAACAAACAGUGGAAUUAACCACUGAAGUUCAGGCCUUAUACAGGGAGAUCAAGGAAGCGAAAGAACAGGUAUUUCCUUUGGAUGCAACUUUAGAAAAACUGCAGCAGGAGAAGGAGGAUCUAAUGAAUAAAAAGACUGCAAGUAAUAAGGAAACACAAGAGAAGAUAAAUGGCAUAAAAGAGAAAGUUAAAGAUAUAAACAAGUAUGUGAAAGAGAUUGAAAACUACAUUCAACAAGGAAAAGAAGAGUAUAAAAAGCAAAAGGAGUCUGAACUUGAUGAAGUGAAUUCUCAGUUAGCUGCCUGUGAGAGACAGAAGGAGAAGAUAAGUAAAGAGAUGGAAAUGAUUCGACAAGACAUCGACACCCAAAAGGUCCAGGAGAGGUGGCUGCAGGACAACCUGACCCUGAGGCAGCGGAACGAAGAGCUGAAAGGGGUUGAAGACAAAAUCAAACACUUCAUGAAGGAAAUGGGAGAGAUGAAAGUUCCACAAAUGAAAAAUGAAAAAAAGCACUUAGAGGAGCAAAUAGAAUCCCUGAAAAGAAACCAUCAUGUUGCACUUGGCCGGCAACGGGGGUUUGAGGAAGAGAUUCUCCGGUUUAAAAAGGAGCUUCGAGACUCCCAGUUCAAAGAUGCAGAGGAGAAAUACAGGGAGAUGAUGAUUGUCAUGAGAACCACAGAGCUGGCAAACAAAGAUCUGGACCUUUAUUACAAGGCUCUUGAUAAAGCAAUAAUGACAUUUCACAGCAUGAAGAUGGAAGAAAUCAAUAAAAUCAUUCGUGACCUUUGGCGAAGUACCUACAGAGGACAAGAUAUUGAAUAUAUAGAAAUUCGUUCAGAUGCAGAUGAGAAUGUCUCAGCCUCUGAUAAAAGAAGAAGUUACAAUUACAGAGUAGUCAUGAUCAAGGGGGACACAGCACUGGACAUGCGAGGGAGGUGCAGUGCUGGGCAGAAGGUUCUUGCUUCUCUCAUCAUCCGUCUGGCUCUAGCAGAAACAUUCUGUCUCAACUGUGGCAUUUUGGCCCUGGACGAGCCAACCACCAACCUGGAUCGCGAGAACAUCGAGUCUCUCGCACAUGCCCUGGUGGAGAUAAUAAAAAGCCGCUCCCAGCAGCGUAACUUUCAGCUUCUGGUGAUAACUCAUGAUGAGGAUUUUGUUGAACUUCUGGGCCGUUCUGAAUACGUGGAAACGUUCUACAGGAUAAAGAAGAACAUUGACCAGUGCUCUGAGAUCAUGAAAUGCAGCGUCAGCUCCCUGGGCUCCUAUGUCCAUUAG